AUGUGUGACUCUGUGGAAAACGUUGCCUCUCCUUCCUCAUCUGUAGCCAGUAAGAACGAUGUAGGGCAGAAUACAAGGAGAAAAGAGUGGAAAACUGGUGCUCAGCGGGACGUCGGGUCACGUCUACACGUCACUGAUUCGCACAUGCGUCUCAAUUAUCUUCACCAAGCGGGCAUUCAUCUUUCAUAUCAAAGUAAUCGGUUCUUUUUCGUCUAUUUCGUAGUUUUAAUGUCACCAGCUGGUAUCUUAGGUUGCGGGCUUGAUGAUGGAUACGCCAAACUGGCUCGACGAUAUGCAAAACUCUUUCGAGACGUCUUGAAGACUGAGAGAGUGAAAGUGAUGCCAGAUAUAGUCCAGACAUUUUGUAGAAAAUGCAAGCAGAUGUUUGUCGCCAAGAGAAAUUGGGCAUUGGUGAGAGAAUCCGCUGUUAAUGGUCGCUUACAGAUGUCAAGGGAAGCUUUCGAAAAUGGUCGUCAAACUCUCGAGGACGUCGUCAACACUUAUUCAACAGCAGGCGUCGCUCCCAUUAAGGAGUUUCUAGUUGAGAAGUGCUCUCUCGAGCACGAUCUUGCAACAUUUCUUGCCAACAAGCCACCGGAUAUUGGCGACAACUGUCCAGUUUUCGAAGCUAGAGGCACCUGUCCUUUUAGCUAUGCGUGUCGAUUUGGCGGUGCUCAUACGGAUUUCCAAGGAAACCAGAUGUCAAAGACACCUGUAAAUCCUUACCAAGAAGUUAGCAAUGGCUCCUCUGUUCAUAUUCAGAUUGCGCUUCGCAAGAGAACUUUCGAUUUUAGCCGAUCACAAAAGGUGCUUGAGGCGCUGAAAGAAGGUUGUCUUGGAGCGAUGGAAAGAGAGAAACCCAUACUGGAUAUGAAAACCCUAAAACGAAAGAAGUAUUUGGCACCUCUGACAACUGUUGGAAAUCUGCCGUUUCGACGUCUCUGCGUUGAGUUGGGCGCUGACGUAACAUGCAGUGAAAUGGCGUUAUCGACAAACUUGCUGUCCGGUGCCCCGUCGGAGUACUCUCUGCUGAAACGACACCCUUGUGAGAAAAUAUUCGGCGUUCAGUUAGCAGGUGGAUUUCCCGAUACUAUGACUAAAUCCGCUCAAAUAGUUGUUGAUGAGAUGAAUGUAGAUUUCAUUGAUGUGAACAUGGGCUGUCCAAUAGAUGUUGUGAACGAGAAAGGUGGUGGUUGCGCACUUCCUAAUCGUCCGAAUAAAAUGAUUGAAGUACUAUCUGCACUAAGCCUGGUUAUCGGAAAGAUCCCAUUAACUGUAAAGCUACGUUCUGGGUUGAAGGGUGUCCUUACUGCCAUUAGAACAAUGAUGGCAGGUGCUAAACCAGACUUAAUAACACUUCAUCCACGGAGCAAGGAACAGCGGUACACAAAGUUGGCAAACUGGAGUUUUGUCAAUCCUUGUCUUGAAGCCUACACAGACGUGCCUUUGUGGAUUUGCGGUGACGUUCUGAGUUGGGAGGAUUAUUACACGCGCCUUGAGGAGUACUCAGUUGGAGGGAUCAUGAUUGGCCGAGGUGCUUUAAUAAAGCCAUGGAUUUUUACUGAAAUUGACGAGCGAAGGACAUGGGAUAUUUCAGCCAACGAGCGGUUGGACUUGCUCAAACGAUUCGUAAAAUAUGGCCUUGAUUACUGGGGAAGCGAUGAUGUUGGCGUGGAGAGGACACGACGCUUCCUUCUUGAAUGGCUGUCAUUCCAGUGCAGGUACAUCCCGGUGGGUCUUCUUGAACGUUUGCCACAACGAAUGAAUGAGCGUCCACCUCUUUAUCGGGGUCGAAGCGAUCUGGAAACAUUACUGAGUAGUAAUCGUGUUGCUGAUUGGAUAGAGAUCAGUCCCAUGGAUUGGUCAUCUGUGAAUGGAGCAGACGCCAAAGUCCCCAUGCUAGACCGUAUUACUCCGUUCACUGUUCAAGCACAAGUCAAUGGAAACGAUGUGGGAGGUGAUCGGCAACAGCAUGGACAAGGCGGAGAAGGCGGUGGCCCAACGAAUGCAGCAGUAGAAGAUGACCUACAUGCCGCUCCUGGCAUAGAAGUACGCGGUGAAAUCCGCGUCUUGGCACAAACGGUUGUGAUCUCUGAUGUUUCAUUUACUGCCGAGUCAUUCAACAUUCACACGGAAAUUACAGCAUUGCCUCUUGCGACAGACUUGAAGACAAUACACCUGCAUUUAGGACUAUCUACGUUUCUUCCAAAUGAGAUGGGUCAUUCAGGAAGAGUAACAAUAAAUGGUAUGGAAUGUCAGUAUUCUCGAAUGGUGCAGCCUACACUUGCUGCCCAAAGUGCUAAUCUUUCAAUAAUGGAAACGUUACCACGUUAUUACAGCUCCAUCAAUGAAAAAGAUGCGUUCAUGGAAAUCGCGAUUCCUGACGAGCUUGGACCUACUAUUCAUUUGCUGAAGUGUAUUACAAUCGCUGUCGAUGUUGUUGUUAGACGGCCUACACAGGGAGUGAAAUUUGUAUAUAACCUUGCACCUGAUGGGACUAUCGAGAGAGGUGCUCAUUUGUUCACGUAUCGAAGCACGCUGUUGGCAAGUACACGAGAAUGGCUUCCUUGUGUUGAUGCAUCUGAUCAACUCUCUCUAUGGCGUAUACAUAUCACAUGCGACACCUGGCUAACUGCAGUAGCAAGCGGUGAUUUAGUGAGUUUCGAUAAUGAUGCCGAUAAACACUUAAGGACGUGGAACUACCAACAGUUGAUACCUACUGCAGCGUGUAAUAUCGGAUUUGCUAUUGGACAAUUUUCAACAUAUGCAUUACCUGACAUGGCAGAAGUGACCAACUUCGCUCCUGUUGGAUUGCUUUCUCUAUUAAAACAUACUGUUGCCCCCUUGGAUAAGAUAUUGGAGUACUUCGAAGAGUUACUGUCUUGUAGAUUUCCGUAUUCCACAUACAAGCAAGUAUUUGUUGAUAUGGAGUGUCGUCAGUUACUUGCUUUGGGUGUCGCACAACAAUUCUUUGGGUGUUUCAUUUCUCCAGCACAUUUCUUAGACUGGUGGCUAGUUCGGUCAUUAUCUAGUGAGUACCUUUUUCAAAUAAAGAAGCUACUUAACACGGUCUGCGAUUACGAGUCGCAAUGGGGAAAGGUAAUUUUGCGACCCCACAGUGACGCUCCAGCGAGACUCAACCUACAUUGUGAACCAAGAUGUGAACAUACUUGUUCUCCACUUUAUGCGGAAAUCAUGGUAAAAAAAGGUCAUCUAGCGAUGCGAAUGCUCAGUAAGCGACUGGGUCACGAACCAUAUUUCCAGGUCCUUCAUAAAAUUCUUUCUGUUGGCCAGCAAAUGGCUGAGCGACGAGACCGACCUGCCUCUUGGACUCACUUAGUGGUCACCACAGAGACUUUUUUCCGGACAGUAACAAAUGUGACGGGACAAGAGAUUCCCACUUUUAUGGAGCAAUGGAUUUAUAACGGAGGACAUGCUUCUUUCAGGGUGCAGUAUGUCUUUAAUCGCAAACGUAAUAUGAUUGAAUUGGAAGUGAAACAAAAAGUUGAACCGGGAAAUGGUCGAUUAAGAUAUGUUGGUCCUUUGACGGUUGUAGUGCAAGAAUUGGACGGUUCAUUUUCCCAUACUGUUCAAAUCGAUGGAGAUAUCUCGAGAGCGGAUCUUCAGUGCCAUUCAAAGGGUCGCCGACAGAAAAAGAAACGUGUCCCACUCUACUCAGGUGAUGAGGUCGAGGUUGACCUAAGCAAUAUGGAUCCCGAUUCCCCAGUUUUAUGGAUCCGCCUUGAUCCAGAACUUCAUCUUAUUCGGAAUAUGAUAAUUAACCAGCCAGAUUAUCAAUGGGAAUACAUGUUGCGAUAUGAACGUAACGUUUUGGCUCAACUUCAGGCUUUGGAGCGAUUGCAACUUUGUCCCAACCCGCAAAGUCGUGAUGUACUACUCGAAACUAUUUCUAAUGAAGUUUUCUUUUAUCGCGUGCGUUGUCAUGCUGCAUAUGCGCUUACAGAAAUAGCUGUUUUCAGGAAAACCUAUGGUGCUAAAUCGUGUCCAUCACUUCCGAAGUCAAACAAUUUUGUGGUUACAUCGCAGAAUCUUCAACAAUAUUUCAUUCAACAGGCUCUCCCACAAGCAUUGGCUCGUAUGCGAACAAAUGGCAUGCCUUUGCAAGAAGUGCAAUGUUUCAUUGUUGACUACAUUCGGUAUAAUGACAAUUCCAUAAAUAGAUAUUCGGAUGACCAUUAUCGUGCAUCUCUCUUGAGUGCGUUGGCAGCAUGUGUAGCCCCAGCCAACACGUUGGGCGGAGGGAAUUACGUACCUGAGACGUUGAGCUGGGAAAUGAGCGAAGUUGUAGAAGAGACAACGCAUGCGCUAAAUUUGGAUACUAUUAAACCGACAUAUCAUCAUGUUGUAGGCGUAGCUGCUUUGUCUGUAAUCCAUCAGUUACAACGAAAUGGUCACAUACCUUCUGAUUCAAAAAUAUUCUGGCUUUUUGCAGAACCAAAACUUUGUGUGAACAUGCGUAAGGCUGCUAUUCACAUAAUCGUCGAAAAGCUGUCGCUUACUCGAAAAAAGCAAUCUACCAAUGAUCUGAUGAAGCUGCUCACAAUGUUGGCACAGGACCAAGAUCCUACCAUUAGACUUCACAUCGCUACAUCUCUUGCACUAAUGCCACCAUUUAGUGCACAUGAAUGCACAGAUACGGGGCCGACAAAUCCUUGCAACACUGUUCAAAUUGCCGAAGAGUUAUGGAUGCUCAUAAGCAGAACAUCUUUGGAAACCCGUAUAAGGCUCUUGCUACUGGAUCUCUUUUUCUCCCUGUACGGCAUGAGCGCACCUUUUGUUAAAGGAGGUCCCGCGAUAAUUUCUGGUCAUCAGCGAGCCAAAAGACGUCAGUGCGACGGUGGAUCGAACACACUUGGUUGGCAUAAUGAAGUUUUGGAUGGAGAACAGCCACCUUCUCCUGAAUCUAGAUCAUUCAACGAAGAUAUAGAUAUGUUACAAUAG